AAAUAACUAAAAAAAUACGCACUCUUACGCGGUCUAAUGGUGGUCUCCGGCGGCUUCAUUCAAGAGAUUGGUAAGGCCGUCAAGGCGGUGGCCAAAGGCAAAGGCUCAAAAUGGUGGUACACUCCUCGCAUGGCCGCCGCCUCUCGCGCCGUCGCCGAUCGUCUGCCGCUGGUCGAUCUUGUUGUUGAAGUCAGAGAUGCCAGGAUUCCCUUGUCAUCAGAAUAUGAGCAACUGAGUAAAUUUCCUGCUUCCUUCAAUCGCGUGAUUGUGCUGAAUAAGAUGGACCUUGCUAGCCGGUCCCAAACGAAGGAUUGGAUUAAAUUUUUCCAGGAACAGAAAUGUAUGGCCUUUGCUGUGAAUUCACAUAACAGGGAUAAUAUCAAGGAGUUCCUGACCUUUCUACAAGCCAGAGUUCGAGAGUUGAAGAAAAACGACGAAGCAGCUCAUACUAUAACGUUAAUGCUCGUCGGUAUUCCUAAUGUCGGGAAAUCAGCUUUAGCCAACUCUUUACACCAUGUCGGGAGGAUUUCUGCAGCAGAGAAAGGGAGGUUAAGACACUCUGUUGUGAGUCCAUUGCCUGGAGAGACAAAAGGCAUAAGUAGCUUAAAGAUUGCUAGCCAUCCUAAUAUAUACGUCCUAGACACACCGGGUGUAUUGCCACCCAAUGUGAUUGAUGAUGAAGUCUGCUCUAAGCUUGCUUUAACAGGAGCUAUCAAUGACGAUGUAGCUGGUGAAUUGGAACUCGCUCGAUAUUUCCUUUCCAUCUUUAGCUCGUCCGACGAAUACAAGAAAUGGGAAAAAUUAAAAUCAGGCUUUGGCUCUCGAGGACCAUUAACUAAUGGAAGUAUUUCAAGUCCGGACAAAAGACAGAAGGGCCAAUAUCCAACUGAUCACACCCAGGAUUUUGUCGUAAAUAAUGUACGACAGGUACUUUUUGAUGCGGUUUCAUCUUUUGCUGGUUGUGUAGAAAAUGAAGAAGACCUAGCGCGAUUAAUCGAACACGAAUUCGAGGAUUUGGUGAAAGCAUUUUAUCUUCCUUUAGAAUCUGAUAGAGAAUGUAAUUAUGGUAAAGUAGCUGUAAAGCUGCUUAAUCUGUUCCGUACAGGAAGGCUUGGCCAUUACACUUUAGACACUGUUCCAGGUAUUGCUUAGGGGAUAAUGUUCUCAUCUGAAAUAAUGAAAAUUUAAUAUCGUAUUUCUCCUUGCAUA